AUGGACCAACUGAGUGUCGACUUGAACUCCUUAAGGGAGCUCGUACUUCAGCACCAGCAUCAGCAACGUCUGGCGGACGACACCCAUGCGAGGACGGACGCUGUGGCGGUACCGUCUGCACCUAACGCAAGCGCCAGCACUCCCGCAGCAGCAGCGACAGCUGACAAAAUUCGAGAGCUGCAGCGGGAGCUCUGCACGCUAACAGAGCAGCUGCAUGCGGAGAAAGCCACGUCGGCUCAGCUGCUCUUGCAGCAGCGCUGCGACGCGGCCUCGUUGCAAGAGUUGCUCGAUCAGGCAGCGCGCGCGGACGAGCAAGUCACAGACUUGACGUCACAGCUGGCUGAGUGGAAGCGGCGGUGUCAGACAGCGGAAGAGGCCCACGCGGGGUGCGCUGGUCAGUACGAGAGUGUGCGGGAGCAGGUGGAGUGCGUGCAGCGACGCGUGGCGGAGACGCAGGCGCAGCAUGCGGCGCUCACUGCAAUAGCCACAGAGGCCCAGCGACUCGUGUCGAAGCUGGCAGAUGAUAAGGCGCAGCUGCAGGACACACUGUGCUCCCGCGAAGAAGCCCUGCUGCGGCUUUCGGGGGUCGAGCUGGAGCGAGAUGAAGCCUGUGCACGUGUGCAGGCCUUCGAGGCGCAGCACACUGAGUGGGAAGCUGAGGUGUGCGCGUAUCAGCGCUACUUCGACUCCGCACGUGAAGAAUACGUCCACGGCGUACGCCACGUUGCCGCAGCGCGUCAGGAGCAUGAGGCGCUGCGGGAGGCAUUGGCACAAAGCGAGGCACGGUGUGUCCAAUGGGAGCAGCUAUUUAUAGACCUCCGCACUGGUGCCUGCACCGGGUGCGCGGCUGCGCGAGCGGAUGUAUCGAUGGAGGAGGUAGCGGCAGACUUCUCCGGUGCUAGCAGUACUGUCAUUGCCGUUGGUACCGCAGUGGAAAACGGCCCCUACAGCGGCAGCGGCAGCGACGCGAGUGAUCGUCUUGUUCACCCCACCUCCCCAUUCAAUGUCGACUUCGUGCCGCUUCUCGAGGCGAAGGUAGCGGAUCUUGCGCUGCGCCUCUGCGAAGCUCAGGCCCGCGCGGAUGCGGCAGAGCACACCGCGGAGGACUUAUCUCGUUUGUCCCUGGCUGACUCUACGCUACUGAUGCACCUGAAGUCCCUGGUCUGUGCGCACCGUCCACAGGUAGACGGCGUGGCGGACCACAACGCACAGCUUCAGGCACGCCUGCUGGCUGCCGAGUCCUUCGCUGACGCGUUAAUGCGACACGUGGUGCGGCUAGGUGAAGCAUUUGCCGACGAAGCGAGUCAGCGAUGUUGGCUGACGGCAGCGAGCGUACGCGACAGCGUAGCUACAAGAAUGUCUACGGCAGCGACAUCCAGCAGUUCCACCGGAAGCGGCAGAGGUGUGGACGUGGUGAGCAGCGGCAGCGGUGGUCAUGGCAACGAGACUACUCUGCCGCCAGGGCCGCCUCUCUCUGUUCUGACGCAGAGUCGGCGGCAUCGACUGCGCACAACAGCUCUGGGCCGGCGUGAUGGCGAGCACUGA